AUGCCACGUAGACGUACUAGUGAUACACAGGUCAGUUCAGUCUCUGAAAAUAUGAUUGCAAUGUCAAACGCUCAAUUUACUACCUUAAUUCAAGAAUUGCGAAGUUCGACAUUGGGAACUAACGAAGAACUUUUAAUCCGACUACGUGAGAGUUCGGCUACUCCUACAUUGUCACCAAUGACGGGAAAUUUCGUAAACUGCACCGCUCGUUUCGACGGUAGUGAGCAUGCCAAUGUAAAAGCGUUUCUGGAUAAUAUUCUUACGUUCGAGGAAUGUACACACGUGAGCGACGACAAUGCACUACGUGGAUUGUCCAUGUUACUUAAUGGUACUGCCGCAACUUGGUGGCAGGGGAUAAAAACCUCGACUUUAACCUGGGCCAAUGCAGUGCAAACAUUAAAGGAUUCUUUCUCCAAAAAACUACCGCCUUGUUUAAUUUUCCGAGAUAUCCGCGCGCGAACAAAACACGGAUGA